UAUUGACUUGAAUGUGGACACAGGCGAAGGCUGGACUUUUAUUAGUGAUCAACAAAAGGGACUAAUGAAUGCAGUUUCAUGGCUAUCUCCACAAGCAGAGCAUCGAAAUUGUGCAAGACAUAUAUAUGCUAAUUGGAAAAAAUUACACAAAGGGGAUGCUUUGAAGAAUCUCUUCUGGAGGGCUGUGAGGUGUACAUUUGAAGCUGAUUUUGACCUGGUAAUGGCAUAUUUGAAGAUGGAGUGUCCUAAAGGUUAUGAAGACUUUAUGAGACAAGGCCCUAAGCACUUCUGCAGGGCUUUCAUUAAGACAGGUACCAAGUGUGAUGCGGUUGAAAAUAAUUUAAGUGAGACCUUUAAUGGAUACAUUUGCAUAUCGAGAGCAAAACCCAUUCUUGAGAUGCUUGAAGAAAUACGAGCUAUGUUGAUGGAGAGAAUGACAGAGAGAAGCCAGUUAAUGGUUGAUCAAAUAGAUCCAAUUUGUCCAAGGAUUAGAAUGAAGUUUGAGAAGACUAAACUUGAGUCCAGGUAUUGUUUUGCUAGAGCGUCUUUGGGAAAUAAAUUUGAGGUUGAAGGGGAUGGCAAUAGAUUUGUGGUUGACUUGGCUGGGAAGACCUGUGCUUGUAGAAAAUGGGAUAUCUCUGGUAUACCAUGUAGACAUGCCAUAUGUUGCAUUGCUUUCAUGAAAUUAGACAUCAAUGAUUAUGUUGAUGAUUGCUUUAAGAAAGAAGCUUAUGAAAAAUGUUAUCAAUUUCCCUUCCUGGUCAUGAAUGGGGAAAAAAUGUGGCUCAAAGUCAAUGGUGAGCCAAUCAAAUCCCCACCUUACAGAAGGAAAAGGGGUAGAGAGAAGAAAAAUAGAAUCAAGGAUAAGGAUGAGCGAAGUGGAGACGGCAAGAAAUUGACGAAAGUUGGAGUUCAAAUGCGAUGUUCAAAUUGCCUUCAAUAUGGGCAUAACAAGAAGACAUGCAAGAAUCCCACGACAUCCAGGCCACCCAAAGUAUGUCUUAUUGGACAAUUUUGUAAUUGUCGAUAAGAUUUUUGUUGGGUUAUCACAAAUGAUAUCAUUGGUAUUUCUUGUCUUUUUUCACAUGUAUGCAAGAAGAGGAAGACCAAAGAAAACUGAUGGGGCUAGUGGUGCGCAAGCUAGUUCACAAGCUAAUAGAUCAUCUAAUGGGGACUCCACUAUCAUUAGGAAGGAGAGAGCACAGGCUAGUGCUUUAUCAAGCAUAAUUUUAUUUUCAUACCACGUGUAUAUUGUGAUUAAUGUUUGAUACUCAUUUUGUUUCUUUAAGCUAGACAAGGAUAUGGACUUUUUAUAUUUGAAGCUAC